UUAGCCUGUUUCGUCUUGGUCGAGACAACGUGUAUGUGUAUCGCUCUGACUUCUUUGUUUACGAACUUCAGGACAGGAACUCUAACGUACAAAGCCUGGUUGCCGUUCAAUUACUCACCUCCGGUGUUAUUUUCUCUCACAUACACUCACCAAUUAAUAAGCAUGGCCACAUGUGCCUUGAUUAAUCUUGCCUGCGAUUGUUUCAUCUGUGGACUUUUGUUACAUAUUUGUUGUCAAAUUGAAAUAUUAGAAUAUCGGCUGAACAAAUCAUAUACUUGGAAAAACUUGCGCGACUGCGUAUGUCAUCAUGAGCUUAUAUUUGACUUCGCUUCCAUAAUAAAUGAAAGAUUUGCAAAGAUAAUCGCUAUCCAAUUCAUAACAAGUAUGCUAGUAGUGUGUUCCAAUUUGUACCAAUUAGCUCAGAUAACUUUGAGUGCAGAAUAUCUUCCUUUAGUAUUAUACACAAUCUGCAUGUUGAUAGAAAUUUUUAUUUACUGUUGGUUUGGAAAUGAAGUCAAAUUAAAGAGUCUUCAAUUGAUAGAUCGUAUUUUUGAAAUGGAAUGGCCAGAAUUAAAUAACAGUUUCAAAAAGGCAUUUCUAAUGAUUAUGAAUCGAACAAUGAUACCUAUCGAAUUUACUAGUGCACAUCUCUUUUCCAUGAAUCUUGAAUCUUUCGUAGGGGUACUUAGAAUGUCAUAUUCAGCAUAUACUUUACUACAACGGAUAUAA